CAGAGUAUCUGCAGAGCUUUCUGGUCUUUUUUAAUAGUUCAGAAUGAAUCUCUGCUGCGACUGUGUCAUGAGAAAUGGAAAAUUAAAAAAUCAAACAUGUUGAGAUUGUGUUAGAGACUCGGUCUUCCGGGUAAUCCGUUAGACCUGAAGGGGGCUUUUUCUGUUGUUUUUGUUCUUUUUAAACCCGUGUGAUUUGGGAGCUGACGCAGCAUCAGCCUUGCCAGAUUGCUGCAUUCCAGACUCAGUUCUUCAGUCAUCUUUUAAAAUACUGUAUGAGGGAACGUCUAACAUGCUGCUGUACUCAUUUUUGGACUGCCUGGAUGUGAAGGGCUUCCUGCUCUUUCUCUGUGUGUUUCUAAUUCUGGCUGAUGUCCUGAGGAACAGAAAUCCACCCCAGUUCCCUCCUGGACCAUGGCGCAUACCCUUCUUGGGCAAUAUUCUCAUCAAUCAUGACCAUAAAUCCAUACAUAAGCUUGCUGAAAAGUAUGGAGAUGUUUUUACACUGAGAAUAGGAAGCAAGAAGAUGGUUUUUGUAUCAGGAUAUAAGAUGGUGAAGGAAGUUUUGGUUAAUCAAGGAGACAACUUUCUUGACCGGCCUGUAUCUCCCCUCUAUCUUGACAUCUUCAAAGGCUAUGGCUUGUCUUCAACUAAUGGGUACAGAUGGAGGAGACAGCGGCAGUUUGCAGUUAGCCAUUUAAAGAACUUUGGAGAGGGCCGGAAGAUGCUGGAGUUCCACAUUCUGCAGGAGUGUAGCUUCCUGUGUGAAGCUAUCAGAGAGCAACAAGGUCGCUUCUUUGACCCGCACGUCACGAUAAACAAUGCUGUUGCCAAUGUAAUCGGAUCUUUGGUGUUUGGACACCGCAUCAGCUACGGAAACACGGAUUUCCAGAACCUUCUACAAAUGAGUGCAGAGUCAAUCCGCUUAGCUGGCACAUAUGUGCAGCUGUACGAUGCCUUUCCUGGACUCAUGAAGCGACUGCGUGGCCCUCAUGAAACAAUCGUUUCCAACUACGCCAGACUCACUGCGUUUCUGAAGAAAGAGAUUGAGAGGCACAAGAAGGACUGGGACCCAUUCGACCAUCGUGAUUUCAUUGACGCCUACAUUGGAGAGAUAGACAAGAGAAAGAAUGACACUGAAGCUGGAUUCUGUACAGACAAUUUGGCGUAUUGCACGCUGGACCUCUUUGAAGCUGGGACAGAAACGCUGACGAAUACUCUGCGCUGGGCUCUCCUCUUCAUCAUCAAAUACCCACAUGUGCAGAAGAAGGUGCAUGAUGAGAUAGACCGAGUGAUUGGACCGUCACGCCCUCCUUCUCUAAAAGACAGGAUCAGCAUGCCCUACACUGAUGCCGUGGUCCAUGAGGUACAGAGGAUGGGGGAUAUUCUGCCCCUUAAUGUACCCAGGGUGGCUAAAAAAGACACUCCACUGGGGCAAUAUGUUAUACCUACGGGAACGAUGGUGAUCACUAACCUCUCCUCCGUGCUGAGAGAUCACAGCGAGUGGGAGACACCAGACCAGUUUAACCCUGGACACUUCCUGGAUUCUGAGGGCAAGUUUCGGAGAAGGGAGGCAUUCUAUCCAUUCUCAGCAGGUAAGAGGGCGUGUCUGGGGGAACAACUGGCUCGGAUGGAAGUGUUCCUUUUUUUCACCUCCCUCCUGCAGAAGUUCACCCUCUCCGCCCCCCCAGGAGUGGAGCUCUGCCUGGAUCCUCAGGGAGGGGCCACCAUGUCCCCAAAGCCUUUUCAGAUGUGCUUUUCCGAUCGCUGAUGUCCUGCACAAUAACUGCAGCUAUCACAACUACCGCUAAAUCAAUAAAACUGCUCAGUAAGUCAUUUAAAUCAAUGCAACUGCUCAGUACAUCGCUGCCAAAAUACUACAAUUAAACCAUUUAAGGGAUUAAACAGCUAAACUGCAUCACUGUUAAAAGUCUGCAAUUAUGUCAUUUUAAGGGGUUAAACACCAAAUAACAUGCAUUAUAUGAAGUAUGCCUCACACACAAUUGAAUGUUUUUUGUGGAUUUCUUUAUGAGGUUAAUGAAAGAAUGCUUUAUGAACUAUCGUGUAUGUAUGCAUUAGUACAUUUUCCGCCAUUAAAGAUCAGUCUGCAUUGUUUAUAAAAUGUUACGCAAGUGAUGAGGACACAGAUGGAUGUGAUCCACAUUUCAAUACUGUACUCAUCUGUAUUGUUGAUCUCUUUACAGUCAUUUGAAAUGUUAUAUCAUUUGUUUACAGUAUAAUUGAAAGUCAGUAUGGACUGUAAUGUGAUGUUUAGGUGGGGUUGUCUCAUGGCAUCCUCCCCUUAUUUGGCCACUUCUGAGAUUGGCUGCAUUAGCCUAUAUAAGAUCAUUUAUCAUCAUGACAUUUUGCAAUUCCUCAGCUUCUUCCUUAUUGCAUCUAUUGGGUGACACUUGCUAUAAUU